ACGACUUCUUAACGACAAUGGAGAUAAAAGGCAUCGCACGAAAACCUGCAAAGGAAAUCAUUAUGCAAUAUCCAACAGUUAAGACAACAGAUAUGUUUUGUAUUCCGAAUAUCAAAGAAAUAAUGUCUGCUUUACCUAUAACUUUAGAAAAGAAAAAUGUCUGUUUAUAUCACACAAAGGUUCAAGAAAUGAAGAGAAGUAUAGAGCAGCACAAAAGAAUGUAUAAUAGAUUACUUAUACAGCAAGAACUAAGUUGGUUGGUCCAAAGAGAUGUUGAAAAGUACAAAUUACGCCUCGACGUAGCCAUAUGCGACUUUUACUACUUGUUUGACAAGCUAAGCAACAACCAAGUACAGGCAAAGGAGAAAUCUAUUAAACAUCUGAAAGAACUAUUCCAACAGAAGAAAGACAUUGCAUCAAGACUAGAAUUAAAGUACCACACUUUGCUGGCCGAGGAAGUCAUGACGAGAACAGCAAUAAAACUGCUGGAACGCAGUCUCUGGGAAUAUUUGAAAUUUCAUUUGGUGGACAAAAAGGCGAGAGGCCCAUCAUUAAAACAAACGAAUGUAAAGUAUUGGUAUGAUAAAGUGGGUCUACAACAUUGUUCUAUAAAUAUAGAAAACAUGAAAGAGAAUUUCAGCUCUAAAUACAACUUUACUCUUCCUCUGGAAUUCCUCAACCAGAAAGGAUUUGAUAAAAAGUUACCGCAGCAAGACAAAUCUUACUUAUGAAGAUCCAUGUAUACAGAUGUACAGAAUGAGAGAGAGGGAGAGAGAGAAAAGAGAGAUUUGUAUAUAAAAUAAUAUAUCAUAUUUGUAUUCAAUAAAAUUGCUAAAUGAG